AUGGACACUAUUUUGACAGCUGGAGAUGGGGGGAACGAGAGGGCAUGGAGGGACGAGGGGGAUUGGAGGGACGAAAGGGAGUGGAGGGGUGAAAGAGAUUGUAAGGACGAACUGAAGAAAGCGCGGAAGGCGUUGGCGGAGGCAAGGCGGCGGGAAGAGGAGCUGGAAGGAGGGGUGCGGGAGGGCGAGAGGGCGAUGGGGGAGCUGGACGAGUGGAUUGGGCGCAAGGUGGGAACGAUGUCUGGGAAGAGGAGAACGAGGCGGGGGGGGGAGGAGGCGCAGGAAGAGGUGGUGAGGGACGAGGCGCAGGAAGAGGUGGUGAGGGACGAGGCGCAGGAAGAGGUGGUGAGGGACGAGGCGCAGGAAGAGGUGGUGAGGGACGAGGCGCAGGAAGAGGUGGUGAGGGACGAGGCGCAGGAAGAGGUGGUGAGGGACGAGGCGGAGGAAGAGGUGGUGAGGGACGAGGCGGAGGAAGAGGUGGUGAGGGACGAGGCGGAGGAAGAGGUGGUGAGGGACGAGGCGGAGGAAGAGGUGGUGAGGGACGAGGCGGAGGAAGAGGUGGUGAGGGACGAGGCGGAGGAAGAGGGGGUGAGGGACGAGGCGGAGGAAACGACCAAGGGAGUAGAUGAGACGAUGGGCGAUGGGCUCGAGGUUUUCGGGAAUGAGACUUGCAGGCGCGGGUUUGAGGGAGGGGCUGGGUCCACGCAAGUGGAAGGAGCAAGCGGCGAGGCAGAGGAGAAUCACGAAAACGAAGCAGAGGGAGAGGAAGGGCGGGUGACAGGGUCAGCAGAUCACGUGGCAAUGCAAGAAGCAGAGCAAGGGGCAGACCAAGGAGCAAAGCAGGGGGGAGGGCAAGAAGCAGAGCAAGGGGGAGAUCAAGGAGCAGUGCAGGGGUUAGGGCAAGGAGCAGAGCAAGGGACAGGGCAAGGUGCAAAGCAGGGGGGAGGGCAAGAAGCAGAGCAAGGGACAGGGCAGGAAGCAGAGCAGGGGGUAAGGCACGGAGCACAACAGGGUUUAUGGGAGGAGCGAGCAGCGGAUUCCAACAGGCAGUCAUUGAGGCAGCCGGUUGCCAGGGAGAGAGGCGUGAAAGAGGAAGGUCUUGACGAUCUUCCCAUGGUGCAGCCACUCCUUUCCGCGGCCCACAAUGCUGGGAGCAAACAAGUGGCGAGAGUGGAUUCGGGAGGAGCAGUCACAAUGAAUGUGGAGGCGAGGAACGCCCUCAAGGGAGGAGGGGGAGGCUGGGCGGGGGGAGAAGGGGGAACCCAGAUGGAGGGAGCGCAUCAGUGGCCGGUUGGUGGGAGAGCAAGCAAAGCGGAGGUGAGGGCAAGGCUGCAGGGAAGGAUCAGUGCUAUACUGCAAUUCCGCCCCGACAGGCAGGAAAGAGUUACCCGGGAGAUCGACUGGGUGGUGUCGCAGCUCUCCUCCCAGGACCCCACGGCUACAGAGCUCACUCUCUGUAACCUCUCCCUCGCCUUGUACCUGCACCUCACGCCCCUCUGCUACCUGCACCUCACGCCCCUCUGCUACGCGCACUGCCUACCGUCCAUGACCACUCUCGACCUCCGCCGGGUCAACCAUGUCUCGCCGCUCGCCAUGAGGCACCUCCUCCACCUGCCCUCCCUCACAGCCCUUCACUUCCACGAAACUUCCAUCCAUGCAGAUGCGCUGCCACUCUUGCAGUGCAUCCCUCGCCUCCACCGGCUCGUCAUAGCCUGCUUUGACCCCUUUGACCUGCUUCCCAACGUACCACCCAAGCGCCACGGCAGCCGGUCCCCUCUGUGUGAUACCAUCAGCAAUCUCCAGCCAUUUCAGCCGUUUCAGUGCUUGCGAGAGCUGCAUGUGAGCCGCGUGACUGACUCUAUUCUGCAGCAGGUGGGGGUGCUGACGAGCCUUGAGGCCUUGUCGUGCACGUGCAGCAAAGGGGUGAGUGCUAAGGGCUGGACCCACCUCAGGGGAAUGGUGAAGCUGAGGAGGCUGCAGGUGGCGCCAACAAUCAUCACCAGGCACCCGGGAUCCAACGGCCACCACUUCGGCAACCCCUUCCCCGGCCACCGCUUUGGGCCCAAGCUAGUUGGGCCCAAGCUAGUUGGGCCCAAGCUAGUUGGGCCCAAGCUAGACUUCUUGAGAUCUCGCCUGCCAGAGGUAAUCAGAACCUUCCAAAAGCCUCCCAUUAAAGGGGCUGCCUGCGCGAGUGAGGAUUUUGGCAACCGCAUCGACGGGAGCAUAUGGGAGGUGGUGGGUGGGCUAGCGGGCCUGCAGCACUUGGAGGUGCACGCAGCAGAGCCCAGCACGGCAGCACUGCGAUCCCUCUCCAACCUCAGGUGGCUCGAGUCCCUCCACAUCACGGACACGGCGCUUCAUGAUGGUGACCUGCUGUACUUGACUCGCCUCUCCCUGCUCACACACCUCAGCCUACCUGCCUGCACGUUCGCAGCAGAUCGGGCUGUGAGGUCAGUGAUCCAAGGCAUGGCACAGCUGAAGGCGCUGGACCUGUCGGGAGCGGCCAUCAGCCACGGCGCUGCUGUGCAUCUGCAGGCACUUGGGCGGCUGGAGCGGUUGAAGCUGCAGCAAUGCAGCGGCAUGAGCAGGCUGUUUGUGCAGCAUCUCAGCCGCAUUCCCUCUCUGCGGGAGUUGGAUCUGGGCUGCAACAACAUGCAGCACGCUUGGCUGCUGCCGAUUCUGGAAGGAAAGAAGGUGGCUCGCCUUGGGGUAGGUGGGUGCGGGUUCGUGGAACGAACAGUGCGUGGGAUCCAGCGGGCUUGGAUUGAGAUCGACUCCCACUGA